CAUGUACUUACGCAAUCCAGAAGUGCCUCUGGAGCAAAAAAGGAACAAAGGAAGAAAAGGGAGCAUUGUGCUGUUGGAUAUUUCUGGUUAAAGAACCUCAGUGUAGAUUCAGAAUUUGAAAUGUGUUCUCAUUGUAAUAUUUUUGGUUAUUUGAACUUAUUUUCCCAACAUCUAACUACAACAGAAAAGAGAAUCUUUGCGAAAUAGAAAGACUUUAUAGCCUUAAGUUUGAUAAUAAAUAAGUUGUGGUCAGGAGGGGACAAGACCUGGAUCAAAAGCCAGAGCUCUACUCUAAGGCAAUUAGAGCCAGUGUUGGAUGCACUUAAGCAGACCAAGCUUGGAGUUGCCUGGAGUUAACACAGGUGUUGCUGUGUUGUGUGGUGCUCCUAUGUGAGGUAGGGAAGCUAAAGUGUGUCAGUCUAGCACUGAGACACAUACACAGGCUGGGGUUGUUGAAGUACCAGUGAAUAGGAGCCUUUUGGCACAUAAGGGGCAGAACAUCUGGCAGUGCAGUAACCAUGUUAGGGAGGGAGAAAGCCGUCCUCUUCAGUGGUUCUCUGGAUAAAGUAACUUAAGUUGGAGUGUAUGAAUAAGCUGGCUGAAUAGUUGAAUAUGUCUUGAUAAAUUCUCAUGUAAAGUCUCCCUACAUUGAAAUGUUUAUUUUUAAUCAAAUGUAGCUGGUUUGGUCAUCCUGUUCUUUUCCAGCAUUUUCCUUUCUCUCAAGUCUGAAACGCUUCUGAACUCCUGCUCUCUCGGAACUGCUUCCUCUUCUGUCAUAACUUGAAGUACUGUUUUACAGCCCAGAACGAGACUUCGCCAGUAGCAGCUCCUCCCGGUUUUAGCCAUAGCUGUUUUUUGUACUAAACCCAAAUAAACUCCCACAAACUCGCUCGGCCGCUGCCGCCCCUCACUGCGUGAGGGACCGCCGGGCCGGCAGGGGGCGCUGCGCCCGCCCCGCCAUCGCCGCUCCGCCCCCCCCCCUUUCCGCCUCCUCGGACGCCGCCAUCGCCGGGACGCCGCGCCGCUCCGCGCCAUGUCGUCGCACAAGACGUUCAAGAUCAAACGCUUCCUCGCCAAGAAGCAGAAGCAGAACCGGCCCAUCCCGCAGUGGAUUCGCAUGAAAACCGGCAAUAAGAUCAGGUACAACUCCAAAAGGAGACACUGGAGGAGGACCAAACUGGGCUUGUAAGAGAGACUGUCCUGGGAGCUCUAAUGAACACUGGUCUUUCUGUGUCAGAUUGAUAACACUCUCAAGUCAUUCCUUCUGUGGUGCUGGACUGCAGUCUCCAGUGUGGAGUUUUUAUAAGCUGGUCUGGGAUGUUGAUGUUAACUGGGAAAAUCUUUGUAUCUGAUACAUGGAGACUGUUCUAUUACUGUUCUUUCAGGCAUCACAAUGAGCAUUGACAGUGCACAGGCUUAUUAAUAAAUAUGGACCUGAA